GAGCAAUGAAAAGCCAAAAACUGGACGCAUAUUUUGUUCUUUGUCUUGAAGAUGAGCCGGACUUUUUUGUUGGCAGCGAUCCAGACCCGCCAAAACUGCCAGCCCAGCGACGGAACCGGACUAGUUACAGGUAGCAACUCUGACAUUAUUCACAAAAUGUGAGUUAACUGUAGACUGAUUGUAAAUUGUAUCAGCCCAGCCGCCGAGCUUACAUCCCAUUUUCUCUGUCGGUGGUACAGCGGUGAUGUCAGGGACUGAAGGCUGAGUUAUAAUCGCUUUCAACAGUUUGGGUUGAGCGCGUUUUGAGCCAAGACAGCAGUAUGGCGUUUAUAGUUAAAGUUUACAUUAGAGCCGCCUGGAAGAGAAUCUUCCAGAUCGUCCAGUUUGUGUGAACUGCGGCGCGCGCGAUCCGCGCCCAGUUACAAACAUCCAGAGGUGCGCGAGGUGCUGCUGCACGCUGCGCAUGCGCCGCGUGCCUCUGCGUACCCGCUGCAACGCGCUGCUGCUGCGUGCUGGUUGAACUAGUCAACAAUAAACUCAGCUUCAGCAGUUCCUAGCUGCUCCAGGCUCUGAGUUGAAAUUGAUAGAGUGUCAAAAUGAUCCGAACCCAUCAGUGGUUCUGGACUGAUUUGAAUUUGAUGUUGUUUCGUCAUUAGUGACCACGUAGCCUGAUGUUUCUGUUGUUCUCUUGGUUUGUUGUACUUCAUGUCAGAUGGAUUUCAGAAUGACAUAGUCGCUCUCUGUGGUGAUGACACUUGUAAGCUCCGCUGUUGCGGGCAUGUUUAUGUUGUAAAGCUAAAUUAUUAUGAACCUUAUGAUUUGGGUACAAAGGGCCCGGUCAUUAGCUCCGCCCCCCGGCCAGACGCUGACUUGUUCCGCUAGUGGUUUCAACAGUUAUAAAAGAGAGAAAGAUAAACGUAUUUUCGUGUUUUGAAGGUUGUUGGUAAUAAAGGAGUAAAUAAAAAAAACCUUCUUCAGAAAGUUAUAGGUUAAAAUUUAAACUAGCUAUGAAUUAUGUCUCGAUAAUGUGUGAGCAACAGAUAACCUCAAUUUCUCUAUGAGAUUAAUAAAGUUUAACCUAACCUAAUAUUUUGUCCGGUGUGCAGGAAGAUAAUUAGCAAUGAAGUAAUGCUAUUGUUUCACAAAGCAUGUUAUGCAGCUCUGGAAACAAUUAAGAGACCACUUCACUGAACCCCUUAGAAUACCUCACAGUUAUUAUUCCACCAAAUACUGAUUUCUAAACUUUUCCUGAGUGAAAACAUUAUUAUUGUUGUUUAUAAAUGAAUACAACAUAUACCUACAAAAAGUAAAAUCAGAGAAACUGAUCAUUUAAAGUGCUCUCUUUUUUCCAGAGCUGUUUAUUCAUGAGUCGCUUUUCACCAUCAAGCUAAUAGAAGUUUCUAAAGUUUCAAAACCACAAAAAAUGUUCUGUAUAACAUUCCAAUAGUUUUAAUCACUUCAAGAAGAUGGAGGAGAAAGCGCUGUGAGUGACCAGAGUUUUCUCCUACCUCCUGCUGCUCACUGCCAGCACAGCUGGCUGAAAGAAAACUGCAAUGCUUUUUUUUCCCACUUCAAAUCUAAAUUUGAAUGUUUGUAAAAAAACAGACAGUUGUGGUGUGAAAAGUCCCACUUGUAUUUUUUUCCCCUUUGAGUCAAUAAUGUUUUGAAAAUAGAGUUAGCAAGCUACAAGAGGCGAUUCUGUAAAGCAGAUGACUGAACAAAUUAGCUCAUCUUCUCAAUAUAAAAACCAGAACUGCAAAAUACAUGAUAAUUAUCUGCUUAAUAAGGAGUAAAACUAGUACAAAACUACUACUACUAACACUCUGGCAAUGUUAGUUUCCGCACCUCCUGUUUCUAGCCGUGGAUUGUUUUAUAUGUUUAUUCUAUAUUUUGCUUGAGUUUAUGUAUUAAAUGUGAAUAAAAAAAUUAAAACUCCAUUUUUGCGUCUUUACUUUAAGUGAAAGCAAUUAGAUCAUGUUACUUUAUUGUUUUUAGUUUGAGAGACAUUUAAAUAAUAGAGCUGCACAUCAUCCUGUUGCCUCUAGAGGGAAAUCCUAACUCACAGUUUAGGAGAAAACAUUUCCACCUUGUUUACACCACCUAACCAAACCCUAAGUCUCAAGUCUUUGUUUUGCAUUUUAUUAUCUUCAGAUUUUUAAACGUGAAGAUUUUUAAGCUGUAAAUUGAGCAUGUGAAGUCCUCCAGCCACAGUCUCCCUCCCCAGGAGCUUACUGGCUUCACAGAAAAUCCCUCUAUCAAGACCAGGCUGAAGCCUCACUGCAGGAUUACAGCUUGAGAAAGAUUUAGAGACUCAAACAAGUUGCACACUUCCUCACUGAGAGCACUCUGCAGGCGGCAAAAGUAAAUAAAGGAGGAACCUAUGGACGAAGCACCAGAUCCUGACUGAAUGAACUCUGCUCAUGUGGGGAGACUGUUGGGAACUGGAGGACAUGCUGCCACGGUGCGACUAAAACUUUCUGUUGGAGACAGGAGGAAGGUAUGUCCAUGUUUUGUGAAUGGGACAGGUGAGCCGGAACCAAAUGUAUAGGUCAGAGAUGAACCACAGGCCUUCAGCGAUGGCGCCUCCGUCUCUGGGCCAGAGCCCGCCGCUGUCCUCCCGGACGGCCCCGAAGAAGACCACCUUCCAGGCUCUGGGGUCAUCCGGGAUGUUCUCCCCCUCACGGACCAAACGGGAAGCCAAGCGGACCUCCAGCCCCGUCAACUCGCCCACCCACUCCAUCAUGAGCUCGCCCAAACUUUGGCAGAAAGCGUCCGUCUCCAGACUGGCUGAGGAGUUUUUCUGGAUCGGCGGCAGUGUGGUUGCACAACCCAAAUGGAGGCUGGGUCAAAUAGUGGAGCGAUGUAUGUGCACCAUGCAGACCGGCACCCAGAUGACCAAACUGAAGGGGAAGAAGAAAGGCCUGGUCCGGUUCUUCUUCCUGGAUGAGCACAAGUCCUGCAUCCGGUGGCGGCCUUCCAAAAAGCAUGACAAGGCCAAAAUAUCCAUUGAUUCCAUCCAUGAGGUCUGUGAGGGGAAAAAAUCUGAGAUCUUCCGGCGUUACGCAGAAAACCGCUUCGACCCAAACUGUUGCUUCAGCAUUUACUAUGGGGAUCGAGUCAAGUCCCUGGACCUGGUCUCCAACAAUGCAGAGGAGGUGCGCACCUGGAUCCAGGGGCUCAAGUACCUGAUGGCCGGGAUCAGCGAUGAAGACAGUCUGGCCCGCAGACAGCGCACCCGGGAUCAAUGGUUGCAGCAGACCUUCUCUGAGGCUGACAAAAAUGGAGAUGGUACCUUGAGCAUUGGGGAAGUUCACCAGCUGCUCCAUAAGCUUAAUGUCAAUCUACCCAAGCAGAAAGUCAAGGACAUGUUUCAAGAAGCAGACACAGAUGAGAUCCAGGGCUCUCUGGGCUUCGAUGAAUUUUGCUCUUUCUACAAGAUGAUUUCCACACGUAGAGACCUCUACCUGAUCAUGAUCUCCUACAGCAACCAGAAAGAAGUUCUGGAUCUGCACGACCUCGCACGUUUUCUGGAAAACGAACAAAAGAUGCGCGGUCUGAGCAGAGAGCAUUUAUUCGACAUUGUGGCUAAGUUUGAGCCAUGUCCUGAGAACCUCCAGAAUAUGGUGUUGGGUAUUGACGGUUUCACCAACUACAUGCGAAGUCCUGCAGGCGACAUCUUUAACCCCGAGCACAAUCAGGUGAACCAGGACAUGACGCAGCCUCUCACUAAUUACUUUAUUGCCACGUCGCACAACACCUACCUGACUGGAGACCAGCUGCUCUCCCAGUCCAGGGUGGAAAUGUACGCCUAUGUUCUGCAAGCAGGCUGCCGCUGUGUGGAGGUGGACUGCUGGGAUGGACCGGAUGGUGAACCCAUCAUUCAUCACGGCUACACUUUGACGUCCAAAAUUCUCUUCAAAGACGUUGUUGAAACAAUUAACAAAUAUGCCUUCACUAAGUCACCGUAUCCUGUUAUCCUCUCCAUAGAGAACCACUGCACUGUGCCACAGCAGAAAAAAAUGGCCGAAUACCUGAAAGAGGUGCUGCAGGACAAACUGGAUCUGACUAACGUCAGCGCGCAGGAAUGCAAGAAGUUGCCUUCACCUGAGAUUCUGAAAGGAAAAAUUUUAAUCAAGGGAAAGAAACUGCCAGCAAACCUUGACCCUGAUGCAGAGGAGGGAGACGUAUCUGAUGAAGACACUGGGAACGAGGAGGAGGAAGAUGACGAUGAUGAUGAUGAUGAUAAUAGUGACAACGACUUACAGCCUGGGAACGGUGCAGAAUCAACUAAUCAGCCCAAGAAGAAGAGACGGUUUGGCAGAUCAAUCAUAAGAAGCUUCAAAAGAAAGAGGAAAAAGAAAAUACGUGUAAAAAACAAGGCUAUGUCUGACGGUGAAUCAGACCACAGCAGCAGCCGAGACAGAACCCAGAUUGUUUACCAUCCUAAAAAAAGGAAAACCAUGAGACUCUCCAGAGCUUUGUCUGACCUGGUCAAGUACACUAAAUCUGUCAGAGUGCAUGAAAUAGAAACACAAGGGUUUUUGAGCAGCUGGCAGGUGUCAUCUCUUAACGAGACUGUAAUGAACCAGAUUUUACAGCUAAAACCCGGCGAGCUGGUGCGUUUCAACCAGCGCCAGCUUAUCAGAGUCUAUCCGUCGAACUUCAGAGUGGACUCGAGCAACUUUAACCCGCAGCCAUAUUGGAAUACGGGAUGCCAUAUGGUUGCAAUGAAUUACCAAACAGAAGGCAGAAUGCUUGAAUUGAACCGAGCCAAGUUUUCAAGCAAUGGAAAUUGUGGAUAUAUUCUGAAGCCUAAGUGCAUGUGUAAAGCUGCCUUUAACCCGAUGACAGAGGAUCCAUUGCCUGGACACAGAAAAACUCAGCUGGUGCUAAAGAUAAUCAGUGGGCAGCAACUUCCCAAACCCAAAGACUCAAUGUUUGGAGACAGAGGAGAAAUAAUCGAUCCCUUUGUUGAAGUUGAGAUCAUCGGUCUGCCUGUCGAUUGCUCCAAGCAGCAAACCAGAGUGGUUGAUGACAACGGCUUCAAUCCGAUGUGGGAGGAGACCCUUGUUUUCAGCAUCCUGAUGCCUCACAUCGCCCUGGUGAGGUUCCAGGUCUGGGAUCAUGAUCCUAUUGGACGGGAUUUCAUUGGCCAGAGGACGGUGGCUUUCACCAGCAUGAUGCCAGGUUAUCGGCACGUCUACCUGGAGGGAAUGGCAGAGUCGUCCAUUUUUGUUCAUGUUGGCGUUAAUGACAUGACAGGAAAGAUCAAACCUGCUCAUGCCAUGCACGCAGCUAGAAAACAUAUUCAAAAAGCAGCUCAGAAGCACAUGAGGGGCCAUCAAAGACAUCCUUCUGUUGAUGUCUCCGUCCAGUCCUCCGAAGAUGGACGUGCUCUGUUUUUCAACCGGGAUCUGGACACCAUAUCUCAGGACAGCAGAAAUGGAGAAAUGUCUCCAGUGGUAAAAGGCCCAGCGGCUAAAGCUGCCUUCCACAGGGGGAUGAUGAGCGAGCCUGUGAGGCGAGCGCACAGAGUGAAGAUCCACGAACCUCCAGAGACACGGCGAGGCUUCUUCAGCCGGAUGUCCUCCACUGACUCUCACAACAGCAGCGGGGCCGCUGCUCCCUGUGUGAAGGAGGAAAGCUUUGACCUGGACACCCCGUCGCAAGUUUCUUUGGCGGAGAGUCUUGGUCCUGAUGGCCGGGUUCAAGCUGAUCGAAGGGACUCUGAGAAUGAAUCUGUGCUGCAGAGCUGCGCUGAGCAGUGUGCAGUGAGGAGGUUUGAACCGGAGCACCCUGAGCUGCCAGAGGAGCAGGAACCAGAGGAGGACAGUGAGGUUUUCACUGAACCUGAACACCAUCCAGAACCUCAGCCUUACUCCGCCCCAGAGUCUCACACUCUGCCAACGCCUGAAGCCAAACUCUCUAAACUCAUCCCUCCAUCAUCCCCCGCCAGGGUCAGACGCACCUUAGAGGCGCCGACGUCCAAUCGGCCGUCGACUCAGAUACGAACCAAAACCCGCUCGCACAGCUGCCCCAGAAAACAGACCUGUUCUCCCCAGACGCCGGCUGUGACCCGAAAGCCCGCCUUUCUCUGGCAGCAAGAGCAGAGCCAGGUGAGACGCAUUCCCAACGGCCUCUGCCUGUCCGGCAGCUCAUCCAGCAACAGCGGGGGCAGCACCGACAGCCUGGAGUUUCUGCCCAGCCGCCCGCCGCCGGCCGGGUCAGAACAGCGAGAGGGAACGCUGCAGAGGGAGAUGAAGGCGCUGUUCGACCAGAGGAUGAAGGAGAUUCGCUGUAAAUCACCGCUCUUCUUUGACGAUCACGACUCCGACUGAAACCACAGACAUCAAAGUUCACGACAAGAAAGAACAAACGGAAAAGCAGGAGCCUGAGCAAAAAGACAAACUUUAUUUUUCUAGUUUAGCUGGACUGUUUAUGGUUCUUAACUUUUUAUUGAGACAUUGUUUGUGAAAAGAAAUUGCUGAAAUCAAAUGAUGCUGCUGCCAACUGUACAGAAAUGCUUCCAAACUGUUAAAUUAGUAGUCAAGCUUUAUAUGUAAGUUGUAUUUUCAGAUUUUAAAUGUUAACUUGGAUUAAAAGUUAUUUUUUGUAAAAAAAAA